ACCAACAGCGAGCCCCCCUCCAUACCUGUUCUCUUUCCUGGUUCUGGGAGCCCCUGAAACCAGAUACGAAAGGACUGCCUGCAGAGACUGGGGCAAGUACCCCAGAAAGAGGGAAGACGGGACUUCCGCGUCUCACCGGAAGUGACGCGACAGUCGCGGCGGCCGACAGGUGGAACGGCAGGUAGGUUCAGGUGCCAGCCUGGCCCGGUCCCGAGUGUGGGACCGACGCUUCCGGUGAGCGACAGAGGCAGUCCCCAAGGCCCUGGAGACCCGUUGGGCGGCCUUUGGGAUUUGAGCCCUUCAUCCUGGCUUGGAGUGCUUCUCUGUACCUAUUUCCCGUUCCCCUACCGAGGUGUGCAGUUAGCCAGCCCAUCCCAACUUUCGGAACCAUGUUUGCAGACUUGGAUUAUGACAUCGAAGAGGAUAAACUUGGAAUCCCUACUGUGCCUGGGAAGGUGACCCUGCAGAAGGAUGCUCAGAACCUCAUUGGGAUCAGCAUUGGAGGAGGGGCCCAGUACUGCCCCUGCCUGUAUAUCGUCCAGGUGUUUGACAACACCCCGGCAGCCUUGGAUGGCACGGUGGCAGCUGGAGAUGAGAUCACUGGUGUCAAUGGCAGGUCCAUCAAAGGAAAAACUAAGGUGGAGGUGGCGAAGAUGAUUCAGGAGGUGAAGGGGGAGGUGACCAUCCACUACAACAAGCUGCAGGCGGACCCCAAGCAGGGCAUGUCCCUGGACAUUGUGUUGAAGAAGGUAAAGCACCGGCUGGUGGAGAACAUGAGUUCGGGGACCGCAGAUGCCCUGGGCUUGAGCCGGGCCAUCCUGUGCAAUGAUGGGCUCGUCAAGAGGCUGGAGGAGCUGGAGCGGACGGCUGAGCUGUACAAAGGGAUGACGGAGCACACCAAGAACCUCCUACGGGCCUUCUUUGAGCUAUCACAGACACACCGGGCCUUUGGGGACGUGUUCUCCGUGAUCGGGGUGCGGGAGCCCCAGCCAGCCGCCAGCGAGGCUUUUGUGAAGUUUGCCGAUGCCCACCGCAGCAUUGAGAAGUUUGGCAUCCGGCUGCUGAAAACCAUCAAGCCGAUGCUGACAGACCUGAACACGUACCUCAACAAAGCCAUCCCGGACACUCGCCUAACCAUCAAGAAGUACCUGGACGUGAAGUUUGAGUACCUGUCCUACUGCCUGAAGGUGAAAGAGAUGGACGAUGAGGAAUACAGCUGCGUGGCCUUAGGGGAGCCCCUGUACCGAGUGAGCACAGGCAACUACGAGUACCGCCUGAUCCUGCGCUGCCGCCAGGAGGCCCGCUCCCGCUUCUCCCAGAUGCGCAAGGACGUGCUGGAGAAGAUGGAGCUGCUGGAUCAGAAGCACGUCCAGGACAUCGUGUUCCAGCUGCAGCGCUUCGUGUCCACCAUGUCCAAGUACUACAACGACUGCUACGCUGUGCUGCGGGACGCCGAUGUCUUCCCCAUCGAGGUGGACCUGGCGCACACCACACUGGCCUACGGCCUCACCCAGGAGGACUUCAUCGAUGGGGAGGACGAGGAGGAUGAUGAGGAGGAGGACACGGCAGCCAGGGAACCGUCCCAGGAUGCGCGAGGGGCUGCCAGGCCCCUGGACAAGGAUGGAAGCUGGUGUGGCUCCUGAAUGCCCCCAUGGGGUGCGGAUCUGGGGGGUAGGGUGAGUGGGAGGAGGACAACAGGGGAGCGGGAUGGGGCCACCAGACCACAGGGUGGCGCAUAAAGCCAUAAAGCCUGCUGGCUUGGGGCGCCUGCCUCCCUGCUCCUCUGUCCUAGCACAGUGAGCCUGCUGCCCUGCCAGGGAACACUGGGGCAUGGCGCAAGACCUGGACACUGGCCCCUCCAGCCUGCCUUCCCCACCUCCCCAGCCCGAUGGAGAGUCUGGUUUCUGGACCUGCCUUGGGAGGGAGAGGGCAGAAGGAAGAGGGGUUGGAGGUGGCAUAAAGUCCAGGAUCAGUCCUCGUGGGUCACCUUCACUGGCCCCCUGGAGCCUGCCAGGAGUGGGAGGACAGAGGUGGGUAGCCAAGGUUGGGGCCAGUGUCUCCUGUGCACCCUUGCCUCGCCAAGACUGUUCCUACCCCAAUCCACACUCACACCUUGGCGGCCUUUAUUUAUUUUGUUCCCCCAGUGCAGUCACUUCUCUGGGGAAGGGCUGGGGCACUGGGCCUGUAUUUAAUAAACACAAACCCAGAUGGAGCA